UCUUUCUCUUUAAUUUCCUUACUCAACACAUAAUAAGUCGAAAUGGGUGAUAUUGAGGGAUCUCCAGGAAGCUCCAUGCAUGGAGUAACAGGAAGGGAACAAACCUUCGUAGCCUCAGUGGCUUCCCCUACGGUCCCUACAGACACCACAGCAAAUUUCGCUCUACCAGUGGACUCUGAGCACAAAGCCAAGGUCUUCAAACUCUUCUCCCUCGCCAACCCUCACAUGAGAACCUUCCACUUGUCAUGGAUAUCCUUCUUCACAUGCUUUGUCUCGACCUUCGCAGCAGCCCCUCUUGUCCCCAUCAUUCGCGACAACCUCAACCUCACCAAAGCCGACAUAGGCAACGCCGGCGUGGCCUCCGUCUCCGGCAGCAUCUUCUCCAGGCUCACAAUGGGUGCAGUCUGUGACCUUCUCGGCCCUCGCUAUGGCUGCGCCUUCCUCAUCAUGCUUUCUGCGCCCACCGUGUUCUGCAUGUCGUUUGUGAACGAUGCUGCAGGCUACAUAGCGGUGAGGUUCAUGAUAGGGUUCUCCUUGGCCACCUUUGUGUCGUGCCAGUACUGGAUGAGCACCAUGUUCAAUAGUAAGAUCAUAGGGCUUGUGAAUGGGACUGCUGCAGGGUGGGGGAACAUGGGUGGUGGGGCCACUCAGCUCAUAAUGCCUUUGGUCUAUGAGUUGAUCAAGAGAGCUGGGGCUACACCCUUCACUGCAUGGAGGAUUGCCUUCUUUGUACCUGCUUGGUUGCAUGUCAUCAUGGGGAUCUUGGUCCUAACCCUAGGCCAGGAUUUGCCUGAUGGCAACCUUGGUGCCUUGCAGAAGAAGGGUGAUGUUGCCAAAGAUAAAUUCUCCAAGGUGUUAUGGUAUGCCAUAACAAAUUACAGGACAUGGAUUUUUGCCCUCCUCUAUGGAUACUCUAUGGGAGUUGAAUUAACCACCGACAAUGUCAUUGCUGAGUAUUUCUAUGACAGGUUCAAUCUGAAUCUACACACUGCUGGAAUCAUUGCUGCUUCAUUUGGAAUGGCAAAUCUGCUGGCUCGCCCCUUCGGUGGAUACACUUCAGAUGUUGCAGCCAGAUUGUUCGGCAUGAGGGGCAGGCUAUGGACUUUGUGGAUCCUCCAAACCUUAGGAGGUGUUUUCUGCAUAUGGCUUGGACGUGCCAACUCACUUCCCAUUGCAGUCUUGGCCAUGAUCCUCUUCUCCAUCGGUGCUCAAGCUGCAUGUGGUGCAACUUUUGGCAUCAUUCCUUUCAUCUCAAGGCGUUCUCUGGGGAUCAUAUCAGGCCUAACUGGUGCAGGUGGAAACUUUGGGUCUGGCUUGACCCAGUUGAUCUUUUUUUCAACCUCGAAGUUCUCCACAGCAACAGGUAUCUCCCUCAUGGGUGUCAUGAUCGUGUGUUGCACUCUUCCUGUCACUCUUGUUCACUUCCCUCAGUGGGGUAGCAUGUUCCUCCCUCCUUCGAAAGAUGUCAACAAGUCCACUGAGGAAUACUACUACACCUCUGAGUGGAAUGAGGAAGAGAAGCAAAAGGGCUUGCACCAGAAUAGUCUCAAGUUUGCUGAGAAUAGCCGUUCUGAGAGAGGUAAGCGUGUGGCCUCAGCCCCUACACCACCAAACACAACUCCAUCCCAUGUCUAGCUUCAACACUUUAAGAAGUGAAGAAUUCUCCACAAAAGUCAAGUUUUAAGGCUAUGCAUGACUAUAAGGUAUAACUACUGCUGUAGAAAAUACCACCAAUAAUGAGGCACAACCUAAUGGAAUCUCAGAUUGAAUAAGUUACUUUUCUUUUAACAAAAAAACGUUGAAAGAUAAUGAUUCUUGCACUUUAGAAUUUUGGUGUAGUUUAAUGUACACCAAUUCCUAUACUUAAGUAGGAUUUGGUUUAUACGUGGUUAAUAUAUGCAAGAAUCAAUUAUGAUUAUCGAAAAAAAAUAGGAUGUAAAAGAAUAAUAAUGUAUUGUGUUUUGAA